CGGGCUUCUCUUCAUGCGCUUUUCUCCCACCCGGCCGAGGAUGUGAGCCCGGGCGGCGCGAGCGGCCAGAGAGAGCAGGUUCUGACCCGGUUCCAGAGGACCUGUGAGCCCCGGUGAGGUGGGCAGGCAGCCCAGCCGAGGUCAGAGUCCCCUGCCCAGCCCUCAGCAUGAAUCCCAGUUCUCCGGUGUGUCUGGUCAUCCCCAUUGCCAGCCUCCUCUCCUGGCUCAUGACCGGCUGCGCCACCGAAAGUCCCCCACAGUUUAUCAAGCACCCCAUGGACCAGAUCGGGGUGUCGGGAGGAGUGGCGUCCUUCGUGUGCCAAGCGACGGGAGACCCCAAACCCCGCGUCACCUGGAACAAGAAGGGAAAGAAAGUGAACUCACAGCGGUUUGAGACCAUUGAAUACGACGAUGGUGCCGGAGCGGUCUUGAGGAUACAACCCCUCCGGACGCCCCGAGAUGAAAACAUUUACGAAUGCGUUGCCCAAAAUUCGGUGGCGGAGAUCACGGUCAAUGCCAAACUGACCGUUCUGAGAGAGGACCAGUUGCCUCCUGGAUUCCCGGUCAUUGACAUGGGCCCUCAGCUGAAGGUGGUUGAACGUACGCGGACAGCUACGAUGCUGUGUGCGGCCAGCGGGAAUCCAGAUCCAGAGAUCACUUGGUUUAAGGAUUUCUUGCCUGUUGACCCCAGUGCUAGCAAUGGACGAAUCAAGCAACUAAGAUCCGAUACCUUUGAAGGUACUCCAAUCCGAGGUGGCCUUCAGAUCGAGAGCAGCGAAGAGACGGACCAGGGUAAAUACGAGUGCGUCGCCAGCAACAAUGCCGGAGUGCGCUAUUCUUCACCCGCCAACCUAUACGUGAGAGAGCUACGAGAAGUGCGGCGCGUGGCUCCACGGUUUUCCAUCCCGCCCACCAGCCAUGAAAUCAUGCCGGGCGGAAACGUGAACAUCACCUGCGUGGCAGUGGGCUCCCCGAUGCCGUACGUCAAGUGGAUGCAAGGGGCCGAAGAUUUGACGCCAGAAGACGAUAUGCCGGUGGGGCGCAACGUCCUGGAGUUGACCGACGUGAAAGACUCCGCCAACUAUACAUGCGUCGCCAUGUCGAGUUUGGGUGUGAUCGAAGCGGUGGCCCAAAUCACCGUCAAAUCCUUUCCCAAAGCUCCAGGCACCCCGGUUGUCACCGAGACCACGGCCACCAGCAUCACCAUAACCUGGGACUCCGGAAAUCCGGACCCCGUCUCCUAUUACGUGAUCGAGUAUAAGUCGAAGAGUCAGGACGGGCCGUAUCAAAUCAAGGAGGACAUCACUACGACCCGCUACAGCAUUGGGGGGCUUAGUCCCAACUCAGAAUAUGAGAUCUGGGUGUCGGCGGUGAACACCAUCGGGCAGGGUCCGCACAGCGAUUCCGUUGUGACCCGUACGGGGGAGCAGGCACCCGCCAGCGCCCCCCGAAAUGUUCAGGGCCGGAUGUUGAGUGCCUCGACCAUGAUCAUCCAGUGGGAGGAACCAGUAGAGCCGAACGGCCAGAUCCGGGGAUACAGGGUGUAUUACACCAUGGAGCCCGAUCAACCAGUCAGCAACUGGCAGAAACACAAUGUGGACGACAGUCUCCUGACCACCGUGGGGAGCCUUCUGGAACAUGAGACCUACACCGUGCGAGUCUUGGCAUUCACAUCCGUGGGGGACGGCCCGCUCUCAGAUCCCAUCCAAGUGAAAACCCAACAAGGAGUUCCCGGGCAGCCGAUGAAUUUCCGAGCCGAAGCGAAGAGCGAGAGCACGAUUUUACUAACCUGGAGUCCUCCCCGCCAGGACAUCAUUCUGAAGUACGAGCUCCUUUACAAAGAAAUCAGCAACAAACCAGGAACCCCGGAGUUUCUGAAGACGUUUGACCCCGUGACUUUCUUCCUGGUGAAAGAUCUCAACCCCAACACGGAGUAUGUCUUCCAGUUGGCGGCUCGUUCGGCUUUGGGCCUUGGGGCCCCGACAUCGGAGGUCAGGGAGCGCACGCUCCAGUCUAAACCGUCUGCCCCCCCUCAAGACGUAAAAUGUGUCAGCACCAGGUCCACGGCCAUUCUGGUAAGUUGGCAACCACCUCCCGUUGAGAGCCAAAACGGUGACUUGGAAGGCUAUAGCGUCCGGUAUCGAGGCCUGGAUCCCGAGGUCAGCGAAUUGAAAGAGGUGAAGGAUAUCCCUGCCACAACCACCCAGAUCAUCCUGGAAUCCUUGGAGAAAUGGACAGAGUACCGCAUCACCGUGGUGGCGCAUACGAUUAUGGGGCCCGGCCCGGAAAGCUCGCCCGUCAUUGUCCGUACCGACGAAGAUGUACCCAGCGCCCCACCUCGUAAGGUGGAGGUGGAAGUCCUGAAUUCAACGGCCAUCCAGGUCUUCUGGCGCUCCCCGGUGCCGAACCGGCAGCACGGACAGAUACGUGGCUACCAAGUGCAUUACGUGCGCAUGGAGAACGGCGAAGCCAGUGGGCUGCCCCAGAUCAAGGAUGUCAUGUUGGCUGAUGCUCAGGAAAUGGUCAUUUCUGGACUUCAGCCAGAGACCACCUACUCGGUCACAGUAGCUGCCUACACCAUGAAAGGGGACGGGGCCCGGAGCAAGCCGAAACCGGUCGUGACCAAGGGAGCAGUCCCAGGGAAACCGAUCCUGUCUGUGUAUCCCACCCAUGAAAACUCUCUCCUGGUCAAAUGGGAACCCCCUCUGGAAUCCGAAAGCCAGGUGCUGGGUUACCGCCUCCAGUUCGGCCGCAAAGACGUUGACCCGCUGGCCACCCUGGAAUUCGCCACCCAGGAGGACAAAUAUACCGCCACCCAUGUCCACAAAGGUGCCACGUACGUCUUCAAGCUGGCCGUGAAGAGCCGGGCCGGCUUUGGGGAGGAAGCGUUACAAGAAAUCACCAUCCCAGAAGAUGUGCCAAAGGGUUACCCUCAGAUUCUCGAGGCGAGCAACAUCACCUCCAGAUCGGUCCAGGUCAAGUGGUUGCCCCCCGUCUUAGCCGAGAGGAACGGUGUCAUCGUCAAGUACACCGUGGCCUACCGAGAGACCACCUCUUCGGGAAACCCCCAGGAGACAGAUCUCCCUCCCUCUCCAGAAAACUCAUACAUCCUGAACGGUCUCAAGCCCAACACCGCUUACGAUGUUAAAAUCCGGGCUCAUACCAGUAAAGGUCCCGGGCCGUUCAGCCCCACUGUUCAAUAUCGGACGGUCCUUCUGGAUCAAGUUUUUCCCAAAAACUUCAGAGUGAAAAUGGUCACCAAGACGUCGGUCCUUCUAGGCUGGGAGUUUCCUGAAAAUUACAACUCCCCUAUUUCAUACAAGAUCCGGCACGAGAACACUGGCCAAGAGAUUGAGGUGGGUGGGAGUGCCACCAAGAAGCUCAUCACCAACCUGAAGCCGCAAACAUCUUACCGAUUCUCCCUCGUGGGCCAGAGAAGCGAGAAAGGAGAUCUUCAGCAGAAAGUGAUGGUGUCCACCGCAGCCAAUAUGCUGAGCAGGAAGCCAGAGGUGUCUUACCGACACGAAAUAGAUGGCAACGUGAUGGUGAAUCUGCCAGAUGUCAGGACAUCAGACUCCCCAGUUCAAGCAUAUUACAUUGUGGUGCUACCCUUGAAGAAAACUAAAAGUGGCCAGUUCCAAAAUUCAUACAAUAGUCCAGAAGAAAUGGAUUUAGAAGAGCUAAUUCAGCAGAUCUCAAGGCUGCAACGGCGAAGCCUCCGCCAUUCCCGUCAACUGGAUCCCCAUAAAGCAUACAUCGCAGCCCGUUUCCACAUCCUGCCCCCUUUCUUCAUCCUGGGGGAUAUGAAACGCUACGACAACUUUGAAAAUAAAGCCCUGGAGGCCGGACAGAAAUACGUCAUUUUCGUUUUGGCCGUUCUGCACGCCAAUGAAGCCGUGUACGCUGCCAGUCCCUUCUCUGACCCCAUCCAGAUGGACAGCUCUGAUCCCCAGCCCAAAAUUGAAGGAGAGGAGGGGCUGAUCUGGGUGAUUGGACCGGUUUUAGCUGUAGUCUUUAUUAUCUGCAUUGUUAUUGCAAUCCUCCUGUACAAGAACAAACCAGACAGCAAACGCAAAGACUCCGAGCCCCGGAUCAAGUGCUUACUGAAUAACGCCGAGAUCACACCUCACCACCCCAAAGACCCUGUGGAAAUGAGGCGCAUCAACUUCCAGACGCCAGAUUCUGGCCUCAGCAGUCCUCUCAGUGACCCUGAGCUUGAACUUGAAAGUAUGCUGAACCAUCCACCGAUCCCCAUUUCGGAGCUGGCAGAUCACACGGAGCACCUGAAAGCCAACGAUAAUCUGAAGCUGUCUCAGGAAUAUGAGUCCAUCGAUCCCGGGCAACAGUUCACUUGGGAACACUCCAACCUCGAGGUGAAUAAGCCCAAGAACCGCUACGCCAACGUCAUUGCCUACGACCAUUCUCGGGUCAUCCUCCUCCCGAUCGAAGGCAUCCUUGGAAGCGACUACAUUAACGCCAACUACAUCGACGGGUACCGCAAGCAGAACGCCUACAUCGCCACUCAGGGCCCUUUGCCGGAGACCUUUGGUGACUUCUGGCGGAUGGUUUGGGAGCAGCGUUCCGCCACGGUGGUGAUGAUGACAAAGCUGGAGGAGAAAUCCAGGAUCAAGUGUGACCAGUACUGGCCAGGGCGGGGCACAGAGACUUACGGGAUGAUCCAAGUGACCUUGUUAGAUACCAUUGAGUUGGCCACAUUCUGUGUCCGCACCUUCUCUCUGCACAAGAACGGUUCCAGUGAGAAGCGUGAAGUUCGCCAGUUCCAGUUCACCGCAUGGCCAGAUCACGGCGUUCCCGAGUACCCCACUCCGUUUCUGGCUUUUCUCAGGAGAGUGAAAACUUGCAACCCGCCCGAUGCUGGCCCCAUCGUGGUGCACUGCAGUGCUGGGGUGGGUAGGACCGGCUGCUUCAUCGUCAUCGAUGCCAUGCUGGAGAGAAUAAAACACGAGAAGACGGUGGACAUUUACGGGCACGUCACCCUCAUGCGGUCCCAGCGAAAUUACAUGGUGCAGACGGAAGACCAAUACAGUUUCAUACACGACUCCUUGCUAGAAGCCGUCGCCUGUGGGAACACGGAGGUCCCCGCUCGGAACCUGUACACCUACAUCCAGAGGUUGGCACAGAUAGAAGUGGGGGAGCACGUCACAGGCAUGGAAUUGGAAUUCAAGAGACUCGCCAACUCCAAAGCCCACACCUCCAGAUUCAUCAGUGCCAACCUGCCCUGUAACAAAUUCAAAAAUCGCCUUGUCAACAUCAUGCCAUACGAGACCACACGGGUUUGCCUCCAGCCUAUCCGCGGAGUCGAGGGCUCCGACUACAUCAAUGCCAGCUUCAUUGAUGGAUACAGGCAACAGAAGGCGUACAUCGCCACCCAGGGGCCUUUGGCCGAGACCACCGAGGACUUCUGGCGCAUGCUGUGGGAGAACAACUCAACCAUCGUGGUGAUGUUAACCAAGCUGCGAGAGAUGGGCCGGGAAAAGUGCCAUCAGUACUGGCCGGCUGAGAGGUCUGCACGAUACCAGUACUUUGUGGUGGACCCCAUGGCUGAAUAUAACAUGCCUCAAUACAUCCUCCGAGAAUUCAAGGUCACCGACGCCAGGGACGGCCAGUCUAGAACCGUGCGUCAGUUCCAGUUCACGGACUGGCCAGAACAAGGUGUGCCAAAAUCCGGCGAAGGCUUCAUCGAUUUCAUCGGGCAGGUGCACAAAACUAAGGAGCAGUUUGGACAAGACGGGCCAAUUUCCGUCCACUGCAGUGCGGGAGUAGGCAGGACCGGCGUCUUCAUCACGCUAAGCAUCGUCCUGGAGAGGAUGCGCUACGAAGGGGUAGUGGACAUUUUCCAGACCGUGAAGAUGCUGAGGACACAACGGCCGGCCAUGGUGCAGACAGAGGACGAAUACCAGUUCUGCUAUCAGGCUGCCCUGGAAUACCUGGGAAGUUUUGACCACUAUGCAACAUAAUAAGGAAAAGGAAAACUUUUCAAAAGCCAUUCGUUGUGCAGACUCCUUCACACUUUUCAGCCUGCAAGGCUCCCGUUUUGAGCGAGGCGAAGCUCACCUCGACCUUUCUAAACCACCUACAGACUGAAUCAGAAAAAAACGUUGCCUCCCCGACCCGCCCAUUUCAGGCGCUCCGCCGGAAAGGAGGCGGCAGGGGAGAGGCCGGCAGCAGCGCCCACUCCUUCUCUCGAGGCGCCGCUGCAUCUCCGGAAGAGGGACUUCCCCACCCCCCACCCCGCCACCCUCUUGGCCUGUGUUUCGAAAACCCCGGAGCCCCUCCCCCCAGGGUGGCUUCGAAGCAGGGCGGGAAUUUCCCCCCCCUUUCCCCCUCUCCUUUUCCUUCUUUUUAAGUGACAAACUUGUAUGUUCUUACCUCAUCCGGUGUCGACGGUGUCGGGGAGCCCACGGACCGCGUGCAACUGAACCAGAAAACCGUAUUGAAACUUUUUCCUAUUGCGGCAGGCGCCGGGUCUCGUCCACGCACACCCUGGGAGAGCAGCGGUCGGAUUGGGAAAGAAAGAAAGAAAGAAAGAAAAACAAACACCAUGGCCAAGAACCAGAGAGUUUACACACAGACAGAGAGAGAGAGAAACAAGAACAACUGAUGGGGAGAAAUAGCAAAAGAAGAAUUUGGCCACCACAAAGUAACAUUUUAGGUUUCGGUUGACGUUACUAACCUUGUGGGCGGACUUAAAGGAAGCCACUUGAGGUGUGAAAAAUUAAAAAAGAGGCAAAGAAAGCAAUUUUUUUGCGUCAGGUUGGAGUGGCAGGACUCCACACCUGGGGGGGGGGGGGGGGGGGGGGGUUUGGCUGUCCUGCGGCUUCUUUCUCAGCUUAGCUUCUUCAAACACUUUUUAACAUUCCUCUUCUUUUACCAACCUUCUUCACCAUGUCCAAAAAAAAAAAAAAGCAAAACCAGAACAGGCAAUAAACACGUCCUCCCAAUCCACCCAGGCAUUUCACAUUUUGCAAAAUAAAAAAAAAUGAAAAUAAAAUCCACGGGUUUUUGCCGCUCGCCCCCCCACCACGCAUUAAUCUAAACUCUGAAUUUUGGGAAAUCUGCAAAUGCCAGUUCCAGGCGAUCUCCUGUUCUCCAGAUUUCAAAAAAAAAAAAAAAAAUAGGAGCCAUGGAGAUUUGAAAUACAUUUCACAAGAGUUCCAAUUUUUUGUUUUGUUUUGUUUUGUUGUUUUUAAGGAAUUCUUCCCCCUGCUUUUCUGAUUCCCUUUAGCCCAUCCAAAUUAGUCUCUCUUUUUUUGUUGUUGUCCGUCGUUGCUCUCAUUUAUUUCUGUGGGUGUUUUAACUUCCCCUCCCCUGAUGCCAAAGAGAAAAAUGGCAGAUUUGAAGACGAGCCUGUGGAUUUUGGGGACAGAGAAAGCUCGCGCAGGCUUCCUUAACGUCCAAAUUAACAGAAAGGUACUUUCCAUUUCAAAAUCCAGGCAGAA